AUGGCCCCCCUGGCUCAGACCCUGGCACUGCUGGCAAUGGCCAUGGCUACCACGGCUGUCGAUGUGAUCGCUCUGGACAUGGCCCUGGACUCCUUCGAUGACCAGUACCAGGGCUGUGGCACUAAAAUGAUUGCGGAACUGCCAGCCCUCAAUCACUCCGAGUUCCAGCAGAAUCCUCUUUUUGCCCAGGCCUGGCUUAAUGCCACAGCUGAGUGGCGAGGUCAGAAGUGCCCUGUGUCCUCUCUGUCAUCUCCAGCCCAGGCCAUCGCCCUCAUGGCCUACACGGUGAAGGAGAAAAAGCUGUACAAGGAUUUCAAUGAUGCUGUGCGCAUGGCCAGGUGCUCCAACAAGGAAUAUCGGGACAACUUCCAUUUCAAAACGCUGCAUUUCCUGCUGACCCAGGCCCUGGUGACGCUGAGGCAGGCUCAGAAUGGGCAGUGUCACAAUGUGUACCGGGAGGUGCGCAAGUACAGGUUCAAGGCAAAGCCUGGUGACAUUUUCCGGUUUGGUCAAUUCUCUUCAGCAUCACAGAAUGAAAAAACUGCCACGGUGUUCCAGGUGUACACGUGCCACGGUGCAGCAAUCUGGAAUUUCUCCAAGUAUCCUGACGAGAAGGAGGUUCUGAUCCCACCAUAUUAG